AUGCUUCGACCUGCCACCCCUCUGACCAUUUUGUUGUUCAUAUCCUUCGUCUUUCUGCUACUUUCCGUCAUAUCUACGCCUAUCGUCAAAGCCAUCCCUAUCGCCUCUUACAAGGGUGUCAAUUUUGGUGUCUUGGGAUAUUGUACCCCGACGGAAUGUAGUGGUAUCAGAGUCGGUUAUACCACCAAUGGCCUAUUUGGCUCCUCCGGAGAUGGAGAUUUCAACCUUCCCUCGAGUGCGAGACAAUCACUGUCCUCUUUGCUCAUUGUACACCCCGUUGCCGCCUUUUUCAACCUAGUAUGCCUUGCUCUCGCAGCCGCUGCUCAUUUACAUUCACCAUCUCAUUCCGCUCGUUAUCUUCUCGGACUUUUAAUACUACUCUUACCAACACUGCUGGUCACUCUGUUGGCUUUCUUGGUGGACAUAUUGCUGUUUGUUCCGCAUCUACAAUGGGGUGGCUGGAUCGUCCUCGCUUCCACAAUCCUAAUCACUGCUUCGGGCGUGGUCACAUGUGCCAUGAGAAGGACUUUGGUUUCCCGCAAGGCUCGGAAGAAGAGGAUUGCUGAAAAUGCCGAAAUGAGUGGUGAGAACUUUUACAACCGUCAGGCACAAGAAACAAAAAACCCCGGUCAGGCCUUUGCUAUGGAACCAACCGUCCCCAUGGUCAAUGGUGCUCCCGGUGCCGAUAGACUACCCAACUUUGCCACCUUUGACCCGUCAAAGAAGCUCGAUGAAGAUCGCCAGCCACUCCGCUCCCAAGCUUUAUCCAAUGACCCUACUCUAGUUCCUUCACGCGAUGGUGCUUCGGAUAGAUUCUAUGGUCCUCCCUCUAGGUCCGGAAGUCGUCCUGGAAGUCGACCACCUUAUGACGGUCAAAGAGAUCAAUAUGGUAAUCCUACUCCUCCUCCAAUACCAGUUGGUGGCGCUCCCAUUCAAGGACGAAGGUCUGGUGAUGAACGGACUCCUCCAAGUCCCUAUCGCGAUAAUAGUGUCCCACCUCCUGGAGGUCGUGGCUAUGGUCCACGCGGAAGAGGCAAUUACCCGUCUCGCGGGGGUUAUGCCCCUCGAGGCGGUUACGGAUCUCGUGGGCCACCUCCACCCCAAGCUUAUCCUGGCCGCGGUGGAUUUUCCACAGACAUGAGGGGCGGUUAUGGAAACCGUGGUCGAGGUGGCUAUGCUACAGGUGCUGCUGUUGCUGGUGGGCUGGCCGCUGGCGCGAUAAUGGCAAAUGGACAACAGCGACCACCGCCUGGUUAUCCUCCUCCAGAUGGAUACUCAGAGAGAAUGGGUGGCCCCGAAAUUGCCCAAUCCCAACCCUACAUUGAAGGUGACACCCGAGAAUUUGCUCCGAUGAGCCCGUCAGUGUAUACUACUGGACCUGAGGAUACACAAGGUGUCUAUGGCGCUCGAGCUCAAUCCCCUGGACGGGAAAGGAUGUCACCCUAUGGUAGUCGAGUUCAGUCUCCUGCUGGAACAGGCCAUCGUAUGUCGCCUCCUCCGGCCAUGCCUCCUAUGCCUCAGCCGCAAGUGGCAGAGCUUGGAGGCGCAGUUGCCCAACAUGACUUUGCACCACGCAGAUCGCAAAGUCAAGAUCCGUACGUCCCGGUUCGAUCCAAUUGGAAUAAUGCGUCCAAUGAAAAUUUCAGCGGACCUAGAUCGCCAGGGAGAUACGCGCCACCACCUGCGGAGCUGCCUUCAGGCGCCGGCUAUGGUGGAGGCUCAACAAGACGACCCCGGGUCAAUUCUGGUGGAAGUGAUUUGUAUUAUGAAGAUGUGGAUCCGAAAUUCGCCGCGGAUCAAGUCCCACCACUACCCCAAAAUUUCCAGGAUCAAGGACCACGCAUACCCUCUCUUCUGACACCAGGUCAGCAUCGACCUGAUUCACUCCAUCUACCCCCGUCACAUUCCUAUGAAGAUCUACCAGGUGCCCGAUCUCCAGCUGAAAGUGAAGCGAGCCACUUCACAUCCGUAAGUCAGCGAGGGGUGAACCCCAACUGGCGACCAGGUAAUGGUGGAGAGUUCAAUUCAUUCGGUCCGCGACGACCGCCUGGAGGUCGGGAACAACAGAUGAGGAGAGACGUCAUUCUAAACAACAAUCCAGAUUUCGAGAUACCGGGCAUGGGCCCACAAACAAGAAUGGGACCUCGAGGUGGCGGCCGAGGCAUGAUGAUGCGAGGUGGUAUGAACGGGGGACCUGGCCGAAUGCCAGCCCCACCCAGUGCAUUUGAUGGUGCAGGUGAUGGAAGAUAUCCAGCUCCGGUCCUGCCGCCUGUUGGUUCUCCUCAAGUCAACAUGUCGGCAGGCGGAGUGCGGGACAUUUGA